AUGGCAUUUCAAAGACCCCGACCCCCCAAUCGAACAACUCAUAGAUCAGCUACGGAUAAAGAACUCGAGCUAGAACAAAUUAACCAGAUUUUGAGAGAUGAAUUAUCCACCGAAAUUUCUCAUAAUAAAGCCAACGAAAAAUGGAUAUCUCGGCUAGAACGUGAUCUUAUUAAUUGCGAGAAAGAGAUCUCUCGAAAAGAUAUUGCUCUUGUAGCAUCUAAUGAAGAAAUUAAAGAGCUACAGACUGAAAUUUCGUCUCUGAAAAAAGAUCUUUAUCAAACCCGAAAAGAGAUCCGAGACAAUAACAAUUAUACCGCUGACAUAGAAAACAAGUUACAAGAAUGUUAUGAGAUUAUAUCCAGUUUGAAACAGAGAAUCAAAGUUAUCUCAUCCCGUGGAAAUUCACCAGUUCGAAAUAAUUCACCUGAUAUAUAUUCACCCCCAGAAGAUCCAGAUAUGGCGAAUCUUGACCUUUUUAUACAAAUCGAACGAGGCUUAAAUCGCAUUAAAAAUCACAUCCAAGGUGGUGGUACUCCAUUAAAUAAUCCUAUCAAUAUUAUAGAAGGUAUUAGAGGUUCCUUAAAUACUGUUCGGCAUAAUUAUCAAUCUGUAUACCAGGAUAUAGAUGGUGUUAUAGCCCAAUGA